AUGCCUGCCAUUCCCAAGGUUUGGGUUCGGCAUUUGCCAUUGGCGGGCUGCAAACGCAAUAUGAUCGAUAGGCGCACCAAGGAUCGUAUCCCUGCGAGAGCUACCAUUGCACGGUCGGAGGACUGUCCUCCAGCAAGAUAUCAGAUGCCAGAUGCUGCUCUGAGUGAUGGAAAUCAGAUGGAUUCUGGUUCUGGUCUCUGUCCCAUGGGUCCGGACUGGUCCUUAUCGCCGAUCAUGGCUCUUCUGAUGGGUCUGGAAUGA